UCUUCUUCAGGUGUGACUGCAGGAACUUCUAUCUAUCAUUUACCUGGAGAUAAUGGUAUUUUGCCUUGUAACAGUCUGCCAUCCUUUUCCUCAUGUUCCAAUGUUAACUGGAUUUACAACCCAAAUGUAAAUACUGUAAACAUAACUGUGGUUGAGGGUGGAAAUGUUAAGAGUUCACAACAAUCCGCCCGACUGAAUGUGGACAGUAACUGUUCUCUGAUCAUCACCAACAUCGCUCCUGAGGACGCUGGAUGUUACACCUGUCAUCAUGGGGAACCCAACAACCUUGAUGCACAAGUGUUUCUAAAUAUUUUGACUAUUUAUCUGUCUCCACCACACAACGGUCCAGCAAAGGAUGGAGAUCUUUCUUUAGAAUGUACUCUGUGGAGACAUUUUGUGGACGGCUCUUGUCCAAAGAAAAGUCUCAGAUGGGUGGAUGAAACAGAAACUGUGCUGCUCGCAGAAUACCGAGGGUACUGUGUUUCCUUACUGACACUGAAGAAUCACCAUGAGGGCAACAGAAGAUACACCUGCCGUUUUUUUGAGGGAAACAGCAUGAAGAUAGAAGGUCACUACAAAUCGGUCUUUAAAGAUCCAGCUGCUAACCAGCCUAUCCUCAUCACCAUCGCAGUGAUGAUAGUGGUGGUGCUGAUGCUGGUCAUCAUUGCUGCCAUUUUCUUAAAGAGGAGGAGGAGGAGGACCAGACUCCCAGAUGAUGAAACAUACACAAAUAAUCAAAAUCCAACCUCUCAAAGUCAUCGCUAUGAUUUUAAUGUGGCCUAUGCUUCCAUUGACCAUUCUAAGUCAAAGGGCUCUCGUAAGAAAAAGGCCAAAGAGGAGGAAGACACUGUGUAUUAUUCUACUAUCAGGACUAAUGUGGACAUCUCUACAGCUGUGUCACUGAACCAAGAUACGCUAAACAGGAAAUGAAGCAUUUCAUGACAUCAGUAUAUGAAAUCUAUUAACAGGAAUUGGCAUUUGAGCUUGUCACAUGUAGCAGUUCUUAAGAAGCAGCUGUUUAUAGUUGGUUGUUCACAUCCUGUGGUUUUUGAUUCUGCUGAAACCUGAUGGACCAUGUUAACAUUUGCCCGCAUGAGAGAUCGGUCAGAUAAACUUCUUUAUGUUGGCUAUCUUAAGCUGCCUGAAGCAUUUAAUGUUAUAUAAAACAUAUAAAAAUGACAUUCUUUAAUACGACCGCCCACUAUACAGAGCUAAGUUGACAGCAGUUGUUUAAGUGACUCAUUUUUCCGAUCAUUGUUGUAUUUUUAACAUGUAUUUGCUGGAGGUGAAAAAAUAAUCUCACAGAUAAAUUCUCGGAAUCUGUAAAUAUAAUGCUUAUAUGGAAGAACUUUCCAUCUUUGUUUAGGAAGUGGGCGGGAUAAAAAACGGUUGGCUUUUCUCAUUCAUUCUCAUCUUGCAGAACAGAUGUCAAGACAGGAAUCACUGUGGUUCCCUGGGAAACAAAUCCAUAAUGAUUAUGCUGCAAUGCCUACUAUGAAAUUACAAACUUUAGCAGUUUCAUAAUUAAAAACAAGCAUGCUCUCUAUUUUUAAUACUAGGCUUUACAUGUUACUUUUUGACAAAGCGUGUAGUUAGCCUGAGCUAUCUAUGUAGUCAUUUGGGUUCAUAUGCUCUGAUUUUGGCAGUUAUAGACAAAAUCUUUGUUGUGAACAAAUCUGGUCUGAGUGGUCCUUUGUUUUCAGUCAGAGACUUUGUAAUUCUUGGUUCCAUUAACUUCAUAUUAGCAAUGUCUUCUGGUUGUUCAUAACAAAAAUGCUUGGCGCAGUGAAUCUGUUUAACCUUAUCUCCUACUAUUCAGAGGAGGUAACUAUGGCCUCAGCUAUUAUGCUAUUUGUUAUUGUCCCAUAGAUUUCACUGAUGGUUCUGUGCUUAUCUGUUGAGCUGUAUCUAUCUUACAAUUAUGCCACUAAUAGAGCUACUGCUGCCAUUAGUGCUUAGUUUUUUUUGGUUUUUUACCACAGAAAAGUACCACUGGAACAGUCCUGUGUUUUUUGAGUGCCUCCUAUGUCCUUUCAACCUCCAAAUGCUUGCCGUCGCUCAGACUGAGCUUACUUUGCUCCUGCUAGAAGUUUCUUUCUGUUAAAAGGGAGUGAUUUAUUUUUACUAUUGCCAUACCUCCCGUAGAGUUGGGACUGCAUCAUAGUCAAUGACUAGAUGCAAUCAGAUGGGCUUCCUUCAGAGAGCCGCAUUGCUAACUAUUAUUAUAAGAUUUACUGACUUUAAUUUGAGUUCUGUUGGACUGCAUUUAAUUGAAUCUGAAUGGAUAACACAAUAUGAACUCUAUUGAAAGCAGAGCCAUGGCUCACCAAAUAUUACUGGGUCAGAUCAACCAAGGAUUUAAACAUUAAAGAUCUUUGGGCACCAACAUGAUAAUAUCUUGAAUUAUAAAUAUAAACAGUUCUGCAGAACAUGCUGUGGGGCAACCAGCAGGUGAUCCCUUGGUUUAUUAUUUGUUCUUGACCAUUUGUUCUUAAUUAUCAAUUAAAUUCAGAUCACGUCAUCCUGCUAUCACCAAUUCUUCCUGAGUCUUAAGUCACAGUUGCCCCAAAUGUGUCCACUAUUCGUAAACAAUCAUUUUUAAUUGAUGAAAAGCUCCUUUUAACUACAUCUUCAAGCUGCCUCUUUUUGCUCUUUUGACCAAGAUAUUUGCAGGUCGCAUUUGUACAGUCAGCUCAGAUGGCUGUAUUUGAUCAAUACAUCUUCUUUCUUUACUUGUCAGUGCAUUUUAUGAAAGUAAAAUCUGACCUUCUCGAUGAAAUAACCCUGAAAUGUGAUGUUCUGGUUUGUUCUGUGAAAAAACGGCAAUGGAAUAACAUUGCCUAAUCUCUGUGUCUCAUGGAUAACAGCGUCAGUGAAAGGCAGGUUCUGUCUGUCCUCAACCUGCACCUGACGAUCUCCUAUCACGCGUUUCAGCUCUUCCUGGACCUGGUCUGGAAAUUCAAAAGAGAAAACAAUAAAGUUAAUUCUCUCACUCAUCCAUGCAGCAUCAUUAUAUUCCGUAUUUUGCUGUCUUCAUAGAGAUUUAACUCCCCACCUUGUAUUUUCGGAUUCUUGACCAUAAACAUGAGCGCUCAUCUCAGUGUUGUUGAUGUUGUUUCAGUCCUAGCAGAAAACAGGUUCAUGACAGUUACCAAUAGGUUGUCAUUGUGGUAGUGAGUAUUGGUGAUCCCAGCCUCCUACAGAUGAGGAUCAGACAACUAUUAAACUAAACAAAGAAAUCAUCUUUAAGACGUUAUCUUAAAGACAACACACAAACCCAGCAUAUGUUAAUAUUAGGAAUAAAUGUCAUCUUUUCUGCAGAGGGAUUUAACUAUCCAGGGCCUUGGAAAGGAACAGUAUUCAUACCUUUUUCACAUUUUGUCAUGUUCCAAAUCUCAAUGUAUGUUUUUGUUAUUUUAUGUGAUAUAACAACAGAAAAUUGGUUAUAAUUGUGAAGUGGAUGGAAAAUAAUCCUGGAUCAGUGUUUCUGUGUUUGUUUUUCUGUCUCUGCUCUGUUCUCUCAAACCCCAAGUCGUUCAUAGCAGAUGGCCGCCUACACUGAGCCUGGUUCACUGAGUCUGGUUCAAAUUUAAAUAAGGAUUGUGCCCAGUAAAUUAAAAUCUGUAUAUGUGCAGGUUUGUACAUUUUAAAUAAUAAACCUUUCCUACCAUGAUGUAGGCCAGCUU